UAGUUCUCGUUUAGUUUAGUAGUUCAGACUUUGGAUUGGAACUGGGCAUUGGGUUGUGGUUGUACUUGCAUGCAACGCACUACAGUCUUGAUUGAAGUUUAGACUGCUGGAAUAGUGUUAAAUUGUUUUAAUUUUCUUUAGAUAACAUAAUCUGUUAGACAGGAUUCCUUUAUAUUUAUUAUAAUGCCUGGUGAAGGAGAGCUUCUUUGUUACAAUAAAGGAUGUGGAAAAACUUAUGACCCAAACCUAAACAAACAGGAUUCUUGCAUAUUUCAUCCAGGAGCUCCAGUAUUUCAUGAUGCCUAUAAGGGAUGGUCAUGCUGUAAAAAGAAAUGUACAGAUUUCACCGAAUUUCUGAACAUUAAGGGCUGCACAACAUCCUUCCACAGUAACGAGAAGCCUGAAGAGCCUCAGAAGCCAGUUGUUGACAAGAGUAAAGCUGAUGAAGUAAUAGAGUAUCGGGCGCCCAAACCUAUCACCGAGGUUGAUGAUGUCAGGCCUUCUUUUGACUCCCCACUGAUAACAGUUUCUCCCGUGGUCUCUGAUGUUCUCCGUAAACAAGUGGCAUCUUGUAACCAGAACUCCACCGACACAACGAAAGCUUACGACGGCCAAGGGGAUAUUCCUAUUGGCACUGCGUGUAAAAACAAUGGCUGUAAACAGGUUUACGAAGGUCCAGAAACGAUGAGAACCUCUUGCAUUCAUCACCCAGGCUUCCCUGUGUUCCACGAAGGUAUGAAGUUCUGGACGUGUUGCACCAAACGCACCACAGACUUCAUCAGCUUCAUGGAGCAAGUGGGCUGUAGCACGGACGAGCACGUCUGGUUCAAAGCAAAGAGUGGGAGUGCAGUGAAGUGUCGGCUGGACUGGCACCAGACAAGCUCCGCAGUGUUUGUUUCCAUCUUCGCUAAGAAAUAUGACCCGGAUCGGUCCAGUGUUCAAAUAUCACCGGUCCGGCUGAAGGUGUGCCUCAUGUUCCCGGAACAGAAUGGUACCUACGAACACGACAUCGAGCUGAGAGGGGUCAUUAAAGUGGAAGAAAGCUCCGUGCAAAUGUUACCGACAAAGGUGGAGAUAAAGUUAAAAAAGUCAAGCGGUGCUUCUUGGUCUAACUUGGACAUCCCAAGAUCGUCUUCCAAACCGGCAGCUGAACCAGAAAAAGCUGAACCAGUACAAAAAGAUAUUACCUUAGAAGAACGAGUAGAUGCAGUGGACCUAAGUGACCUAUAGAUCUGAUAUAUUACCACACUCUAUGGUAAGGUAUAUUCUUCUACGUAGAAGCACAAAGCCUCUUUUAGUUUUUGUGAUAGAUCGAACCAUUGUGCAUAAUAUGACAAUUUUUUAAGGAUUAUAUUGUUUAUUUGUGUUGCAGGAAUAAAAUAUUUUGAUUAUUUGAA